AUGCUUUUCUUUGCAUGGUUUGCCUGCAAUUCGUCGCUGGCGGCGUUCUGCGUGGAAGAGCUGCGCGCCGCCGCGGCGACGGUGGGGGUGGAUCUCCGCGUGCUGGAGCCUUUGCCGUGGGCCUGCGCGGCGGAGGCGGCGGCGGUGCCGGGGGCGGCGUUCUGCGUUUUUGAGGCGGCCUCCGCCGCGGUGGCGCAGCAGCUCGCUGGGCGGUGCGUGCUGCUGCGCGCCGUGUACCGCCUCAUCGCCGCCGCGGCCUCCGUGGAGGAGCUGCUGGCCUGCGUCGGCGGCGUAGGCGACGGCGAGGGGCGGUGGCUGCGCGGGCUGCCGUGGCCGGAGGAGACGCUGCGCCGCGCCGAGUGCGCCGUGCGGGUGGAGACAAUCGGGCGGCACUACACGCUGGAGGAAAAGUUGGCGCUGGCGACGCGCGUUGGCGCGGAGCUGCGGCUUCCGCGUGAGGCGUCCGCCCCGGAGGGGGCGCAGCCGCAACAGCAGCAGCAGCCGCCGCCACCGGCCACCCCGCCGCCUCGCAUUGUCGUCGUGGUGGAGCACGCGCUGGAGAACGCGCCCGCCGGGGCGCCGGCGUCGUGGCAGCCGUGCGGUCGUGUGCUGCGCGUCUUCUGCGGCGCGCCGGUGGCGGAGUCCGCGCGGCAGCGGCUGCUCGCGACGUACGACCUCAGGCGGCGGCCGUACAUUGGCACCACGUCGAUGCCGCCGGAGCCGGCCUUCGUGGCGGUGCACCUGGCGAAGGUGCGGCGCGGGGCCUACGUGCUUGACCCGUUCUGCGGCACCGGCAGCAUCCUCGUGGCGGCGGCCCACUACGGGGCCGUCACCCUCGGCGCCGACGCCGACGGGCGGGUGAUGCGGGGCGGCUCCCUGCGCUGCGGGGUGAGCCGGCAGCAGCGGCAGCAGCGGGAGGCCGCGCUGCGGUCGCACUCGCAGGAGGCGCUGGCGCGGGCCGGCAUCACCGCGGCGGAGGCGGCGGCGCCGUCGAUGUGGACGAACUUCAAACUCUACGGGCUGCCGACGCCGGACCGCGUGCGGCUGAACUUCGCCACCUGCCACGCCGCGCUGCGCCCCUGCCACGCCGGCGGCGAGCCGCGCGCCGACCGCGGGUUUCUGGACGCCAUCGUGACGGACCCCCCGUACGGCAUCCGUGAGCCGCGGAAGACGGCUGCGGCUGCGGCGGCGGCGGCGGCGGCGGCGACAGCGACAGCGACAGCGACAGCGACGUACCCCGUCAGCAGCAUCGCGCUGGACCUCCUCCUCUUCGCCGCCGCCGCCCUCGUGGUGGGGGGUCGCCUCGUGUUUUGGUACCCCACCACCCCGCACUACACCGACGAGGAGCUGCCGACGCACCCGUCGCUGCGCCUUGUCUGCGACGUCCCGCAGCGGGUCUCGCUGAAGGUCGUGCGCCGCCUCGUCGUGCUGGAGAAGACGCGGCCGCUGCCGUUUCCGCCGCCCACGCGGGAGGCGUGCGCCGCGGUGCGGCAGCCGCAGGACCUCCGCGCCCUGCUGGACGCCACCGACCUCCCCGACAACGCGGAGUACAUGCACUACCGUGCCAAGCUGCUGCGGAAGCGGGACGCCACGCGGCGGUACUUUUCCUCCGCCACCCCGUCGCCCCUCUGCACGCCCGGCGAGGGGAAGGGACGACCGCGGAAGCUGACAAGGGCGGAGCGCCGCGAACUCAUCGUGGCAAACCGGGAACGGAACCUGCAGCAGCAGCAGCAGCAGCAGGGGCAGCGGUUGGCAGCGCGGGAGGACGAUGAUAACUGCGGCGGCGAGACGGCGCAGGGAAUGAGUUCGAGUAAAUGA